AUGGGCUCUGGAGUUUGGUUCAAGAAUUUAAUGACUAAAAAGAAAGUGAGAGGCGACAGAUCACAAAAAUUGAAGAGAUAUUCAACACCUGAAAUGUCAAAUGGGCACAAAGAAGAAUACCGUUUGCAAAAUGAGUCUCUUAUAUUAACUAAUGGUGGUUCUGGGGAAAAUCGUGAUGGUUUUGGCAUGCCCAUUGAGGAGAUUGCGGCAGCUCGAAUUCAGACUGCAUAUCGAGCAUACACGGCAAGGAAAAAUUUCCGUCGACUAAAAGCAACGAUUCAGGCCCAGAUUAGAGCUCGCCGAUUGCAUAUGGUAACAGAAGGUCUUCUCAGGCAGAAGAAGCUAGAGAAUCAAUCGAAGCUUGAGUCAAAGCUAAAUGGCCUAGAGGUAGAGUGGAGUGGUGGCUCCAAAACAAUGGAUGAAGCUCUUGCAAGGAUACAUCAGAGAGAAGAAGCAGCAUUGCGGCGUGAGCGAGCCAUGGCAUAUGCCUUUUCUCAUCAAUGGAGAGCCAACUCCAACCCGAACUUUGGAUCAGGUAACCAUGACAUAGGCAAAGCAAAUUGGGACUGGAGCUGGAUUGAUCGAUGGAUUGCAGCUCAACCUUGGGAAAGCCGAGUUGUCCCAUUGCAGUCAAGUCCAAAGAAAUCACUUGGUCGCCAGUCAAGCAAGACUAAUAGAAACAAGAAUUCUCCAACAAUCAAAACACCAGUUUCAGUCAAAUCAAUUUCUCCUAAUGGGAAGACUGCCAAUAAAGCCAGAAAAUUGUCAUAUGGAGCAUCUGAGAAGAUGAUAGCUGCUAAAAAAGUGAACAAAUCUGAAGAGGUGAAAACUAAGAGAGAAAAGGAAGUAUCUUAA